AUGGCUGCGCAGCGGCGUCCGCUGCUUUCCUUGACUGGGAAAGCACUGACUGGCCUGCAGAAGCGCACUAGUUUCAUUCAUAAGUGGAGCAAUUUCAAACGAUGGCAAGAACUGGACAAAGCAAGGGAUGAAUAUAUACGUGAACGUCAGGCAAUAGAAAAUUUCAUCAGGCUACCAGGCGGAAUGUAUAUAUCUCCCGAGCGUCCUGAACAUGUGAUGCCCAAAAAGGAUCUAGCUGAUAUGACGCGGAAAGACACCGGAGCUGUUUCAAUGGAGCUCCAUACGGCUCAUACCCAGAUGAGAUAUGUUGACCACAGUUUCGACAAUAUUCGGCGCUUCAAGCGCUAUAGGCAUUUUCAACAUCUGCAGUAUGAUCAGAGAAUGAUUCCCGAGCGGCUGUUGUUCCUUGGCCCUGACCUGGCUGCCGCGCAUUUUCUAGCUUCCGUGAAAUUCAUUGGCGAUGAUGCCUGGUACAAAAAGGAUAAAUAUGGAAAAUAUAGUUUACCAGGGACUAAGGUUCCAGGACUUUAUUUGGAAGCAAUAGAUGCAUCAGGAACAGAGCUCAUGUUUGAAGGUUUCGACAACUUACAAAACUUGAGCCACCUCAGAAUGCUCAGGCUAGCAGACUGUCCAUAUGUUGAUGAUUGGACAUUAUCCAGAAUAGGAGGAAUGAUGGAAGGCUUAGAAAUGCUUGAUUUGAGUGGAUGUCAUCGAGUCUCUGCCAAAGGUCUUAUGGGACUGAAGAUGUUGAAAUCAUUAAAAUAUCUCAGAAUUGAAGGCAUUGACAGUAAGGUGAGUGUGGUGCUUUGCUCUUCUAUUUGGUUGGUAAAUUUUUUAGUCGUACACUCGUAG